AUGGUAAAAAAUUACCAGAAGGUUUUGUUUAGAAAAAACAAUAAAAGUUUAGAUUUAAAAUUGAAAGAAUCAACACUUACUUUUGCUAAGAUAUCAGAAGAAGAAGAAAAAGUCGUAAAAGAAAUUGCUGAGUUAGAAAAAAAGUAUAAUCCUCAAGUUCUUCAAGAACAAACAGGUUUAGAAAAUAAGGUUGCUAUCACUGUUGAAAAACUAAAAAAUGAUUUGAGAACUCCAAAUGCAGGUAGUCAUAAAUUUUUAGAUCUUAUUAAGAAGAGUAAUGAAGACUGUGCAAAAGUAAUUUAUACACCUAAUGCUCCAAAAACAAUAGAUUAUUAUGGUUCACUUAUCAAAACUGGUAGUAGACCUUAUGCUCAUCCUCUUUAUUUAAGUAAUGAUUUACCAGGGCAAAUUUGA